GUUCCUUUUCCGCUCGCGUGUCGCUUUUUUAUUGGUAUUGAAGGCUCACUUUUGUUGGCAGAGACUAUGCGUUUUCUAUCUGCCAUCCUUUUAGCGGCUACGGCCGUCACAUCGUUCAUAUGUGCCGAGGCACAACUGCCGAUGCGCACCCAUUCCAUCGCCAUGCCUUAUAUUGACGAUGACCUCCAAAAUCAUUGGUUUGAUUUCGGUGGCGAUACCAUCAUUAACACCAAUCGUCAAAUUCGUUUAACUAGCAAUCAGCAGUCGCAAGUCGGUUUCCUGUGGUCUCGUUUGCCUAUUGUCGACGACAACUUUGAAGUAGAGUUUGAGUUCCGUGUGCACGGGUCCUCGGGCCAUUUGUAUGGUGACGGAUUUGCGAUGUGGCUCGUCAAGGAAAGAUUGGGUACUGGAGAUGUCUUUGGCGCAACGAAUCGAUUUGAUGGAUUGGGCAUUUUCUUUGAUACCUAUGAUAAUGAACGUGCUCAUCGCCAUACUUUCCCUUACAUCACCAGCAUGCUGGGCAAUGGGAUGGCAGUGUACGAGAACGACAAGGAUGGACGCACCACCGAACUGGUAGAAGGCUGUGAAGCCGAUUUCCGUAUGAAGGAAUUCCCCACUCGCGGCAAAUUGACCUUUUACAGAAACAAUUACCUGCAAUUGGACGUGAUGUGGAAAGAAGAAGACGUAUGGACUCAAUGCUUCAAGGCUUACAAAGUCCAAUUACCGGAAAGAAUGUAUCUCGGAUUCACAGCACACACAGGCGAAGUCACCGAUAACCACGACAUUGUGAGCGUGGAAGCGAAAUCGUUGACUGCUAAACCCAUCGAAGCAGCACCUGUGGUGAACGUUCCCAAGCCGAAGCGCAGCUCAGGAGGAUUCUUCUCGUUUAUAUUUAAAUUGUUGGUGGCCGCGGGUCUCGUUGCUGUCCUGUUUGUCGGUUACCGUCUCUAUGAAAACAAAAAUAGAAUGAAGCGUUUCUAAUUGAAUCGCUAUCCACAAGAAAGAAAGAAAAAAAGAGAGAAAAAGUUUGAUUUUGAUUUUGCACCUUUACUGUUCUCGCAUGUCAACUGGAGAUACACACUAUUUCUAGAGGAAAACUAUGAAGACCUUUUGAAGGGAUCGCUCCUUUCUUGAUCGGAUAAAGAACACAUGGAGAAUCGGUCUGCGAAAAUCACGGUCACACAAAAAAUGGUUUCCAGUCAUGGAGUGAUUUCACUGCAGCAUGACGAGUUUUUGCGCCCAAUGGCAGUUUUUGGACCCUAACUUUUAAUAAGACCGCUGCACAAUACAUGCAUGUU